AUGGGCUACGCAACCCAGCUUCAGGGCAAGUUCGCCCACAAAGUCGACGACCCUGUGCCUGAAUUCAACUCCGAAUUUCCCGCGCACCCAGCCAUUGUCCACUUCCCCAUCGCCUUCAACACGUUCGCCUGGGGUCUGGACAUCCUCUACGCCCUGACAACGACCUGGAUCCAACCCGAAUUCCUCACCACCCGAUUCUCAUCCCCAUCCACCCUGCUCGACAUCACUCGUAUGUCGUACUUCCUCAUGUGCGUGGGACUGAUCACCACCGUCCCUGCCAUCAUGUCCGGCAACAUCCAACUGGUAGGCAUGAUCAAGAAGAACGGCGGACCCUGGGAAAAGGACGCUGCAGGCAAGCAGAAGAGCACCAUGGUGCCUCGCAUUAAGGCGUGCAUCACCCACGCCAUCAUCAACGAUCUCGUCUUCGUUGCCAACCUAUACAGCUGGUAUCUCAGAAAGGACAAGGAGGGUGCCGUCAAUCCCGGCAAAGUUCCCACUGAGACCAACAUGAUUAUCAGCAUGGUCUUGUUACCCUUGUUGAUGAUGUCCUCCAAGAUCGGUGGCACUCUGACCUAUAACCAUGGCGUGGGCUUGAACUUGGGCCGCAAGAAGAUCGAGUAA